AAAUAAUAAAUAAAAAAUAAAAAAUAAAAAGAAUACUGUGAGCAGUAAUGGAAAAGCACAAAGUCCCAGGUUUCUCUUUCACCGAAAAAAUUUCUCUUCUUUCCUAAGAUGCUUUUUGAGUUUUUAGUUUUGUAAUCCGCACGAACGUAUUAUUAAUUUACUAUUAGAUUAUUUUUAAUUUUUUUGUACACCUGAUUUAAUAAAUUACUGCAAUUAAAUACUGUAAAAUAUUGGGGGAAUAUGGUUCAAUAAUCAAACAUAUGAUUGUGAUUUGGAGUUUUUUAAGAUUUUAUAUAGCAGUAGUAUAUAGUAUUCAUUCAAUCAGCGGUGGAGGAGUAAAUUUGUGAAAAUUCGGUGUGUGUGUGUGUGCACCGUGUGUGGGAGAGAGGUGUUCUGAGUCAACUCGGCCGAGUUACCAUGGGCUGCUGGGUGUCGAAGGAGCAUCGGCGGCGCUCGUCGGAGAAGGAUCAGUGGCAGCAGCAGCAGCAGCACGGCCACCGCCGCUCGUCCUCCGUCAACGGAGCCUCGUCCGGCGGAUUCGCGGAGUUCUCUCUGGCGGAGCUGAGGGCCGCCACCAACAACUUCAGCUCCGAGAACAUCGUCUCCGAGAGCGGCGAGAAAGCACCAAAUGUCGUCUACGAAGGCCGCUUGCAGAACCACCGCGGAAUCGCCGUCAAGAAAUUUACCAAAAUGGCCUGGCCCGAUCCUAAACAGUUUGCUGAGGAAGCCAAGGAAGUGGGGAAGCUGCGGCAUAAGAGGCUGGCUAAUCUGAUUGGGUAUUGCUGCGACGGGGAUGAGAGGCUGCUCGUUGCUGAAUUUAUGCCUAACGAGACGCUUGCUAAGCAUCUAUUUCAUUGGGAGAAUCAGACCCCCGAGUGGGCCAUGCGUUUAAGAGUUGCUUUGUAUAUAGCUGAAGCACUGGAAUAUUGCACCAGGGAAGGUCGUCCACUCUAUCAUGACUUGAAUGCGUAUAGGGUUCUGUUUGAUGAGAACGGUGAUCCACGACUUUCCUGUUUUGGAUUGAUGAAGAAUAGCCGCGAUGGAAAGAGUUAUAGCACAAAUCUUGCAUAUACGCCACCCGAGUAUCUAAGAAAUGGGAGGGUAACCCAGGAAAGCGUUGUUUUUAGCUUCGGAACUGUUCUUCUGGAUCUUCUUAGUGGAAAGCAUAUUCCUCCAAGUCAUGCGUUGGACAUGAUACGGGGCAAAAAUAUUCUGCUCUUAAUGGAUUCCCACUUAGAGGGAAAUUUCUCAACUGAAGAGGCUACUGUAGUUUUUGAUCUUGCUUCACAGUGUUUGCAGUAUGAACCAAGGGAGCGGCCCAAGACCAAAGAUCUCGUGUCCACACUCGCCCCUUUGCAAAACAAACCCGAUGUUCCAUCUCAUGUGAUGUUGGGAAUUCCGAAGCAUGAAGAAGCACCAUCUACGCCGCCACAUCCACUCUCUCCAAUGGGUGAUGCCUGUUCGCGUAUGGAUCUGACAGCUAUCCAUCAGUUUUUGGUGAUGCAGCAUUACAAAGACGACGAGGGAACCAAUGAGUUGUCCUUCCAAGAAUGGACUCAACAAAUGAGGGAUAUGCUGGACGCAAGGAAGAGGGGUGACUUGGCUUUCCGUGACAAAGAUUUCAAAACUGCUGUUGAUUGCUAUUCUCAGUUCAUAGAUGUGGGGACAAUGAUAUCGCCAACUGUUCACGCACGAAGAAGCCUUUGUUAUCUGAUGUGCGAUCAGCCAGACGCUGCACUGCGAGACGCAAUGCAAGCUCAAUGCAUCUACCCUGAUUGGUCGACAGCGUUUUACAUGCAGGCUGUCGCUCUAGCAAAGCUCGACAUGCACAAAGAUGCAGCCGACAUGUUGAACGAGGCUGCGUUGCUUGAAGAAAAGAAGCAACGAGGUGGAAAAGGAUCAUGAUUAUUAUUUAUUUUUAAGUCAUUUUUUUCUGUUGUAAUAACAUAACUGCACAGUUUGUAACAUUUGGUUUGGGAGUGUGUUGUUGUUGUUGUACAAUCAAUAUAUUAGAGGAGAAAAAACAUAUACAUUAACUU